UUUUGAUUGAUUCUAAGAGACAAGCAGCUCAAACGCUUCCUCCAGUCUGUUGAACUCACUCAUUAGAGGUGUGUCUGUGACACCUCUUUCGUAGAGGACUUCUUUAGUUCUCUUCUAAUCCCAGUCUACUCGACUAUAUCCUUUCCUCUCCUUUCCGCCACCCCGCCCCCCUCUAUCCUCCCUCCCGCCUCCCGACCGAGUGACUCACUCUGCACCACCUCAAAAUGGCCUCCAACUCGACCUACUUGGCCAUUCCCGGCUCUGUCGCCUUCUCCCACUCUCGUGGACGCGCAGUUGCUGCCAGCAUUGGAGCCAGCGAUGUCCGUGCGCAAUGGAUUCACUAUGUCCACCUUUCCCAGCCUUUGGACGAGUCCCAGCGCGCGGUAUUGGAGCAGCUCCUCCGCUAUGGUGAUAUCACCGAUAUUCCCCCAACCUUCACCGCUGAAGAUGGUUCCUUCGACGUUUUCCACGUCUUUCCUCGCACGGGUACAAUCUCUCCUUGGAGCUCUCAGGCUACUGGUAUCUCUCAUGUCUGCGGUUUGCGCCAGUACGUGAAGCGCAUUGAGCGGGGUAUGAAGGUGUCCUGCCUGCACAGCGGAAGCAGCGAGUACAAGGAUGGUUUCCAGGAUGUCCUCCAUGACCGCAUGACCCAGAUUAUGAGCGAGAACGAACCGGAUCUUCACCUGAUGUUCUCCGAACACAGCCCCCAACCCCUCGAGACAAUCCCUCUUCACGGCAGCGAUAAAUCCCCCAAGGAGGUCCUCCAGGAGGCGAACAAGCGACUCGGACUGGCGUUGGAAGAGUCGGAAAUUGAUUACCUGGCCGAAGCCUACGGACCUAACGGUCCUCUCGCUCGUGAUCCUACUGACGUUGAGCUGUUCAUGUUCGCGCAGGUCAACUCCGAGCACUGCCGUCACAAGCAGUUCAACGCCUCCUGGGUCAUUGAUGGAAAGCAGAUGCCCAACAGUCUCUUCUCCAUGAUCCGCAACACCCACAAGAAGAACCCCGAAUACACCGUGAGUGCUUACAGCGAUAACGCCGCCGUGCUCGAGGGAGAUCACUCCGCUUUCUGGGCCCCUAACACGACUACCGGAGAAUGGGGCCACACCAAGGAACAGGUGCACUUCCUGGCUAAGGUCGAGACCCACAACCACCCUACUGCCGUUUCCCCUUACCCGGGUGCAGCGACCGGAUCCGGUGGAGAAAUCCGUGACGAGGGCGCCGUGGGUCGGGGUUCCAAGCCUAAGGCUGGUCUUGCCGGCUACUGUGUCUCUGAUCUCAACAUUCCUGGCUUGAAGCAGCCCUGGGAGUUGGAUGUUGGCAAGCCCAACCACAUUGCUAGCCCUCUGGACAUUAUGCUUGAGGCUCCUAUUGGAAGUGCAGCUUUCAACAACGAAUUUGGACGUCCCUGCAUUUCAGGAUACUUCCGUACCCUUCUGACCGAAAUUGAUGUUGGCAAUGGUCAAACUGAGGUUCGUGGUUACCACAAACCCAUCAUGAUUGCUGGUGGUGUCGGAACUGUCAGACCCCAGCACGCCAUCAAAAAGCCCGAAGCUGUCAAGCCUGGCGCCUACCUUGUUGUCUUGGGUGGACCUGCUAUGCUCAUUGGUCUGGGUGGAGGCGCUGCCUCCAGUAUCACUUCGGGUGAAGGUUCGGCGGAUCUCGAUUUCGCCAGUGUCCAGCGUGGCAAUGCUGAAGUCCAGCGGAGAGCCCAGGAGGUUAUCAACGCCUGUACUUCCAUGGGCGAUGCCAACCCUAUCAAAUUCAUCCACGACGUCGGAGCUGGUGGUCUUUCCAAUGCCCUUCCUGAGCUCAUUCACGACUCUGGUCUGGGUGCUACUUUUGAGCUUCGUGAGAUUGACAGUGCCGACAAGAGUAUGAGCCCCAUGCAGAUCUGGUGCUGCGAAGCUCAGGAGAGAUACGUCAUGGCUGUUGGUGAGGAGAGCAUGAACAAGUUCACCGCCAUCGCCAACCGUGAACGUUGCGGUUUCUCUGUUGUCGGCCGUGGCGGAGGUACCUCCGAGGAGGAGAAGAGGCUCAUUCUCUUGGACCGCGAGUCCACCGAGUACCCCAAGCCGAUUGACCUGCCGUUGUCUGUUCUUUUCGGCAAGCCUCCUAAGAUGACCCGGGUGGUCGACUCCCGCAAGUUGACGCUUCCCGCCGUUGAUGCUAGUCUCUCCACAUACCUCCCGUCCCUCGCAUCCAACCCGCUUGAGAUCCUUGGAGAGGCCGCUAAGAGAGUUCUGUCCCUCCCGGCCGUCGGAUCCAAGUCUUUCCUCAUUACCAUCGGUGACCGGACUGUCGGUGGUCUCACUGCUCGUGACCAGAUGGUUGGCAAGUGGCAGACUCCUGUGGCCGACGUUGCUGUCACUGCGACCGCACUCGUCCAGGGCGUGAAGUCUGGUGAGGCCAUGGCCAUGGGUGAGAAGCCUACACUUGCUCUUAUCUCGCCCGCUGCUUCGGCCCGUAUGGCGGUGGCUGAGUCUCUCAUGAACAUUGUUGCUGCUGAUCUUGUUGACCGGUUGAGCCGCGUCAAGCUUUCUGCUAACUGGAUGUCCGCCAGCAGCCAUCCUGGUGAGGGUGCUGCCAUCUACGAGGCCGUGGAGGCUAUUGGUAUGGAGCUUUGCCCCAAGCUUGGCAUCAGCAUUCCCGUCGGAAAAGACUCCAUGUCUAUGAAGAUGAAGUGGAAGGAUGAGUCUUCACAGGAGGCUAAGGAAGUUACCGCCCCCAUGUCUCUUGUCAUCUCUGCUUUUGCGCCUGUUGCCAACUACCGCAAGACCUGGACCCCCGCCCUGCGUCGUCUCGAGGACGUCGGCGAGACCGUUCUGAUGUUCGUCGACCUGUCUUUCGGUCGCAAGGCUCUGGGUGGUUCCGCUCUUGCUCAGGUCUUCAACCAAGUUGGCGACGAAUGCCCCGACAUCCGUGACAUCGAGAUCUUCAGAGAUUUCUUCGAUGCCGCUCAGCAGUUGCAGGAGGCAGGCAUCGUCCUGGCCUACCACGACCGGUCCGAUGGUGGCCUCUUCACUACCUUGGCUGAGAUGAUGUUCGCCGGUCGCUGCGGUGUUGAGAUCAUGAUUGACAACAUCUGCGCUAGCUCCAACACCAAGGAUGUUGUGGAGACCCUGUUCAAUGAGGAACUGGGUGCUGUCUUCCAAGUCCGCAAGGAGCAUGAGAUCCAGUUCCGCUCUUGCUUCGCCACCUGCGGGCCUCCUGCUGGCUUGAUUCACAAGAUCGGUCGUGUUUCUGAGAAGUCCAAGCAGAACCUCACCAUCUACCACAAGCACACCUUGGUUCACCGCAACAGCCGUGCCAACCUCCAGCAGACCUGGGCUGCCACGUCCUACCACAUGCAGAAGAUGCGUGACAACGCUGCCUGCGCUGAUCAAGAGUAUGCUAGCAUUCUUGAUGAUGCCGAUCCUGGUUUGUCUUGGAACGCGACUUUCGACCCUAAGGACAAGGCCAUGCCUCUCUUGACCAGCCUAACCCAGAUGUCGCCCUUCAGCAACAAGCCCCGUGUUGCCAUUCUGCGUGAGCAAGGUGUCAACAGUCAGGCUGAGAUGGCUUUCGCCUUCAACAUGGCCGGUUUCUCUGCCGUUGACGUCCACAUGACGGAUGUCAUCUCCGGCCGUGUCUCCCUGUCGAGCUUCGUCGGUCUCGCCGCCUGUGGUGGUUUCUCCUACGGUGACGUUCUCGGUGCCGGUCAAGGUUGGGCCAAGUCCGUCCUGCUGCACGACAACACUCGCAACGAGUUCCAGUCCUUUUUCCAGCGCCCCGACACUUUUGCCCUGGGUGUCUGCAACGGUUGCCAGUUCCUCUCCCGUCUCAAGGAGUUGAUCCCCGGCGCCGAGAACUGGCCCAGCUUUGAGCGCAACGCCAGCGAACAGUAUGAGGGACGUGUCGCUUUGGUCCGCAUCUCCGAUCCCGACCCGUCUCGUCCCAGCGUCUUCCUCCACGGCAUGGAUGGCUCUUCCUUCCCUAUCGCUGUCGCUCAUGGAGAAGGUCGCGCUUCGUUUGCCCCUGCUUCCGGCACUACCGCUCAGUCUUUCGUUGCCGAGGGUCUGGCCCCCGUCCGCUACGUGGACAACGCUACCCUCAAGCCCACCAUGAAGUACCCCGCCAACCCCAACGGCAGUCCCGAGGGUAUUGCCGGUGUCCGCAACGCGGACGGUCGUGUGCUGGCCAUCAUGCCUCACCCCGAGCGUACCGUCCUGGGCGGCAUCGCCAGCUACCUUCCCCCCAACGCCGAAGAGUGGGGCGACAUUGGGCCGUGGGGUCGUGUCUUCCUCAGCGCCAGAAGAUGGGUUGGUUAGACGCUUUGUCUCGGUCCUUUUACUGCGCCUAGUUGCAAUGAGAUGUAUAUCUUUUGGAGACGAGAGAAAAUCAAAUACAAGGUCACGGCGCAUGUCUUGAGUUAUUUAAUGAUAUAUAUACAACAGCAACCCCUUUUCUUCGUUUCCCACUUUGCUGGAAAUGAUGCUUUAUGAUGACAUGUGCAAGAAAAUAUGAGUGUUCAAAUAGUUUCACCUGGUUGGUUGUUCUAGGUUUAGUGCACGGCACGAACACAGAAUGUGAAUAACUUUCAAUCAAAU